GUCUGAAUAUCCACAUGGACACAGGGCCCAGGACACAGGGCCCAGGCUGCGUCGCUGUCCCGCGGUUCGACUUGCAAAGGUUGCAUGGAUAACAACAUGGCUUCAACGUUAUAUCAGAUUUUGUUAUCUGAAUAGCCAAUCACAAGUAAGUCAUGAGGCGAAAGCCGUCGAGAAGGCCCAUGCCGAAACCCUGGCAGUUUCUUUCAUGCGCCGGGCGAGCGAGUAAGGAUACCGUUAAAUGACAUAUGUUGAUAUUUGGUCGCAAGAAUGAAGGUCGAGAAUUGACGCGGAUUUGCCCAGCGUAUAGCGCAGUCUGAGAGUUGUUCCCUUACAGAAAGACGGACCGCAUAACAAAUGGGCGGCCCUAGCGGCCAAAAGAAUAAGUCGCACAAGGCCGGCCGGCGCGCCGGCCCCAGCGCGCGUGAAAAUGCCCGUCGCGGCAAGGAGGUGGGGUCGGGGGCGCGGCCCAACCCCAAGGCCUCUGCCCACGAUGGCAAGCUGCAGCGGCACCUAGCUGCCAAGCAGAACAGAGACGCCAAGCGGCAGGAGCUGUUGGAGCGAAAGCGGCGUGUGGCGGCGCCCGUGGUGGUGGCGGUGCUACCGCUGUCGGAGGCCGUGGACGUGGCGCGCUUCUGGAACGGCCUGCGCCACGCCUGCGAGCACGGCAGUAGCAGCAGCAGCACUGGCGCCGGCGCCAGCAGUAGCAGCGCCAACGAGAUGGAGAUGGAGCUGCUCGCCUCGGCGGCGCCGCUGGCGCCUGUGACCGUGCACGUGGCCGCCAAGGGCCGCGUGCGGCUGACGCUACUGCCGCCGCCGGUGUCGCGUGCCGACCCGCUGGCUGUAGCAGACCUGGGCCGCUGCGCCGAAAUGCUGCUGCUGCUGCUGCCGGGCGCCGAGGGCGCCACCGGCGUGGACGCGGCCGGCGCCGCCGCCAUGGCAGUGCUCCGGGCCAUGGGCAUGCCGGCGGUGGUGCCGUGCGUGGUGGGCGCCGCCGGAGGCGGCGGCUGCGGCGGCGGCUCCGCCGCCGCCGGCUCCGCCGCCAUGAAAGACCGCAGCGCCGCCAAGAAGCGCGCGGAGAAGGCGCUGCAGCCGCACCUGGCGGGCGAGAACCGGCUGCAUCACGCCGACACGCCCACCGACCUGGCGGCGCUGGCGCGCCACCUGGCCGAGCACCCGCCCACGGCGCCGCCGCUGUGGCGGCAGCAGCGCCCCGGCGUCUUGGUGGAGCGGCUCGAGUUCGAGGCGGCGGCGGCGGACGCCGCCGCCGGCCCGGGGCCGUCGUCGGCUGCUGCUGCCGCCGCCGCUGCCGCCGCUGCGGCCGGUGGCGGCGGCAAGGGCACACUGGUGGUGUAUGGGUACGUGCGGUCAGCAGGCCUGAGCGCCAACCAGUUGGUGACUGUGCCGGGGGCGGGAGACUUCCGGAUCCUGUCGAUCCACGGGCCGCCGGAUCCGAACGCGACGCCGGCGGGCCGGGCGGUGCCGGCGCACGUGGCGGAGAAGGCGAUGGAGGUGGAGGCGGCGGCGGGCGGCGGCGGCGCGGGCGGCGGCGGCGCGGGGCCGGUGGUGGCGGCGCCCAACCCGGAGGAGGCGGACCAGCUGGUGCGUGAGAACGUGCCGGCCCCCGGCGAGGAGGAGCAGACGUGGCCCACGGAGGAGGACAUGGAGGCGGCGGCGGCGGAGCGGAGGACGCGCAAGCGCCGCGUGCCGGAGGGCACGUCGGAGUACCAGGCGGCCUGGAUCAUGGAUGACGUGGACUACGGCACCGAUGAGGAGGAGGACGAGGAGGAGGACGAGGAGGACCCGUACGGCAUGAUGGAGGGCGGCGAGGGGGCGGCGGCGGGCGGCAGCGGCAAGGGGCGGGGGCGGGGGGCGGCCGCCAUGGAGGAUGACGGCGACGAGGCGCCCGAGCUGGAGCCCAUUGCGGACGACGAUGACGCAGCCACGGACGCGGGAGACGCCGCCAUGCUGAUGGAUGAGGACGACGAGGAGGGCGGCGGCGCCGGCGGCGGCUACGCGGCGGCGCUGGCGGCGGCGCGGGCCGCCAAGGCGGCGGCGCGGCGCGGUGCGGAGGGCGAGGCGGACCAGCUGGAGUUCCCGGACGAGGUGGAUGUGCCGCUGGAGACGCCGGCGCGUGUGCGCUUCCAGAAGUACAGGGGCCUCAAGUCCAUGCGCACAAGCCCCUGGGACCCCAAGGAAUCCCUGCCGCCCGACUACGCGCGCGUGUUUGCGUUUGAGAACUUCAAGCGCGCACACAAGCGCGCUAAGGAAGCGGCGGCACGCGCCACCGACGACACCGACCCCUGCGCCGUGUCGCCAGGCACCUACGUGGCCAUCCGUAUCGCGGACGUGCCGGCGGUGGCGGCGGAGCGGUUGGCGGCGCACGUGGCGGCGGCGGCGGCGGGCGGCGCCGUGCCGCUGACGGUGUUUGGGCUCAUGCAGCACGAGGCCAAGAUGAGCGUGGUCAACUUCGCCUUCCGCAAGGCCACCGGCUACUCGGCGCCGCUGGCCAACAAGGAGCAGCUGCUGCUGGUGACUGGGCUGCGCACCUUCACGGCGCGGCCGGUGCUGUCCACCGACGACCCCGGCGCGGACAAGCACCGCAUGGAGAAGUUCCUGCACCCGGGUCAGCACGUGGUGGGCUCGGUGUAUGCGCCCAUCAUGUACCCGCCCCUGCCCCUGCUUGCCUUCAAGCUGCCUGAGGGGGCGGCGGCGGCGGACGGCAGUGGUGCGCAGCUGGCGGCGGUGGGGGCGCUGCGCGGCUGCGACCCGGACCGAGUCAACCUCAAGCGCAUCAUGCUCACAGGCACGCCUGUGCGCGUGAGCCGGCGCCGGGCCACGGUGCGCUUCAUGUUCCACAACCCGGAGGACGUGCGCUGGUUCAAACCCGUGGAGCUGUCCACCAAGUACGGGCGGCGCGGCCGCAUCCAGGAGCCGCUGGGCACCCACGGCGCCAUGAAGUGCCUGUUCGACUCGCCACUGCAGCAGCGCGACACCGUGUGCAUGCCGCUCUACAAGCGCGUAUUCCCCAAGUGGCCCGCGGACCUCACCUUUGCGGAGCGGUAGCGGCAGCGCUGGCGGGCGUGGAGCAGUGGUGGUGGCGGCGGAGGUGGUGGUGGCGGUAUUGGUGUGGCGUGUGAGGAUGCAGGGUGUGUGCGGUGCGGCGUACUGUACGGCGGGGAGCGGUGUGCUGCCCUGCUGCGGUGCUAGUGGUGGUGGCUGAGGUUUUGUCAGUGCAGGAAGGCCAGUGCAGACUGUGCAGGUCAGCAGACAGAAUGCAGGAGGACCGAGUUGCCGCAUGGAUGAAUUGUGAGGCGGGGAGGAAGGUCGCUCCGACGGCAAGCAAACAGCUCCCCAGGCCCCAGACAGCGAUGGGGUGCAGGUACCAGACUACCGCGAGGAAUGCUCGGCGCGUCGUGAGGCCGUUGACACCACGGGAGGAACAGCUCCGGUGUGCAGCAGGGUGUGCAGGUUUGUAAUCGUGCGGCUCU